AUGUUCUCUAAGACUAUCCUUUUCGUCAGUGCCCUCGCCAGUGGCGCUCUCGCCGCCCCAGCUAUUCAAGCCAGGCAAACAGACCUCCCCUGGACCCUGACGGCUUUCACCCGUACCUGCGAUGACGCCGCCAACACAUGCCACUAUUCCUUUGGCGUUCAGCAGAAUGACGGCCCUCAGAUUCUGCCAGCAUGCGACUACACCAUCCAUGGCACAACGCAAUCAGCACGUAUUACCGACUACCAAUCCCAACCCUGCGGACCUUCCUGGCUCAUCAACCAAGGCCAUGACCCCAACGGAUUCAUCGUCGUCGUUGUGACCGAUACCGCCAAGCACGAGCGCGCCUUCUACGGUUAUGAGGAUGCUUGGUUGGUUGAUGGACAGGCUGUCACUCCUGAUGUUUCUUCCCCCCCUCAGGCCACUUAA